AUGGGUAUUUUGACGCAGUUAGAGAUAGAAAAUUUCAAAUCUUACAAAGGAAAGCAAAUUAUUGGACCUUUUAAGCGAUUUACUGCUAUUAUAGGACCUAAUGGCUCGGGCAAAUCGAAUUUGAUGGAUGCUAUUUGUUUCGUACUUGGCGAAAAAACGAGCAACUUACGAGUUCGUUCAGUGAAGAAUUUAAUUCAUGGAGCGCCCAUUCAUAAACCGGUCUCCAAUAAAGCUCAAGUUACAGCAGUUUAUACUGAAGAAGAUGAAACAGAAAUAAGAUUUACGAGAUGUAUUGUUGGCUCUGGUACUGAAUACAGAAUAAACAACAAGGUAAUUGAUAAGACUAUUCAGUAUCAAGAAAAGUUGGAAAAUCUAGGAAUCUCUAUUAAAGCUAGAAACUUUUUAGUGUUUCAGGGGACGGUUGAGUCUAUCGCUUUGAAAACACCAAAGGAACGAACUCAGUUAUUUGAGCAAAUCAGCGGCUCGGGAGAAUUACAACAAGAUUACUUACAAACUAAAAGCGAUAUGCAAUCCUCUGAAGAAGACACAACUUUUCAUAUGCAUAAAAAAAAGGGUAUUUCGGCUGAGCGACGAGCUGCAAAAGCUGAAAAAGAAGAAGCGGAUAAAUAUCUUAAUGUCAAAGACGACUUGUCUACAGCCCAGGUCCACUAUCAAUUAUUCAAAUUGCUCUACAAUGAAAAGAAAAUAGAAAAUCUAUCAUUAACUUUAGAUAAGAAAGAAAAAGAAGUGGCAAAAAUGGAAUCAAGAUGUAGUAAUAUAGAACAACAAUUGAGAUCAAAGAAGCAGGAAUCUGCUAAGGUUUCUAGGGAAAUUGCAGUAUUGGAUAAAAAAAUACAAGAAAAGGAAGCCGAGGCAAUUAUAUUACGCCCACAAUAUAUUAAAGCGAAGGAAAAAUCACUUCACCUUAAGAAACGGAUUGAUGGUCUGAAGUACGUACCGUAG